UGCAUCUAUUGAAAGUAAGUUCUUUUUUGUAAUGGACAUGCGGGGAGGGAGGGGGUACUCACAUACUAAGACAUACGGGGGAUAUGCCGCUCUUUUUAUUCCCCCUUUUCACACAAGAAUCCCUGAAAAUGGCUCUCAUUUUUAACUAAAAUAUCACUAAACCUGUGUCUGUUUUUCCAAAAUUUCCAAAUCAUGCAAACAUCCCAAAAUUGUGGAAAAUGGGCCUUUAUUUAGAGAAAAAAAUCCCCCAAAUGGUACUCUUUUCCCGCCAAAUGACCCUUAAAAUGGGUAGUGGUUAAUAGAAAAAGUAGAGGAAAAUGGAUGGCGUGUAUAUGCAUGAGAGAGAGAGAGAAACAGGUGGUAAAAGUAGGAAAAAAACGACGUCAAAAGAAAACGAAUGGAGGAAGAGAACAAGAGAGGAAGAGAGACAGAAAGAUGAGAUUUUGUUUAAUGAGGGACACCGGAAAUCUUGUUUAUUUUAGAUUGUGAAAUAAACUUACCCAUCAGUUGAAUGUUGAAACUUUAAGGUGAUAUUGGAAAUCAAUUAAGCUCCUGGACAUCUCGAUUUUUGUACUUCUAAAUUAUUCUUAGAGGAGUAUCAUAAAAGAAAUAUGCAAAGUAAGUAUAUUUUCAGACAAGCAUGUAAUCUUGAUUUUCGAUCUUCAUGUUUGACUAAGUUGCUAUCUGUAAUUGCCAUUAUUAAUACCAAUUAUCAUACAAACUUUUUGCAACAUGGUUGAUGAUAUUUUGUAUUUUUCUGAUAUUGUCAACUUUUUUCUUCUUCUUUUCCAGAGCGUAGACACAUCAUGCACCUAUACCAGUUAUGGCGUUAACUAUUAUUACAGUUGCUCAAGUAGUGAGUACUGCUGUUACACAUCUGGCUGUUGCACCCCGCCGGUAAACUUCUACAGUCUAUGGUAUUUCUGGUUGGGCAUCGUCAUAUUCUUCGUCAUAUUUUCCGGACUUAGCGGGGCUUACUACAGACAUAGCAAACGCAUGCUCUUGCUUCGAACGCACCCUACCCCCAUGGUGCAAGCUAGCGCUGUACAACAGACUAUGGCGGUAUCUGCUACAGCAUCAUCUGGUAAUCCCGGUCAUCCACCACCACCACCAGCCUACAACCAGGGCAUUGACAACACCAAACCUAACAUGGGGGUAGCUCCGAACCCCUCGGGGCCCAGUGUAGACCCUCCCGUCUAAAACCCCAACCCUAACCCCAACCCCAAUCCCGACACCAACCCCAA